UCAGGGAGCAGCAAGUGGAAGAGAAGGGAGGGAUUAUUAGGGUUUUUGCAGAAAUAUUCAAUUAAUCAGCCUGAAACACUACUUUUUAAGCACAAUUCUUCUAUAUUUAAAUGAGUACAAUGCACUGGUAUGGUCUUGUUUUUUACACAAAAUGUCUCCUUUAAAACUGGAGGUCCCAUAAAUUAUAUUGAUAAACCCUUCUGCUGGUCGUAGAGUCAAAAUGUUGUUCAAGUAUGGGAUCUGGAAACCCGUUAUCCAGAAAGCUUAGAUAUGGCUGGAUUUGCGGAAAGGCUGUCUCCCAAAUAAUCCAAAACUCUACUUUGUACAUGCUCCAAACUAAGAUAUACUUCAUCGUUAUUGCAAUAUAUUAAUGGAACCUGGCAUAUAGCUGUAGAAUAUCUGUUUAAAAAAAAUCCAUAAUUAACUAAAGCAUCGUUCUUAGAAAUAGAAUAGCUUCUGCCAUAGCCUCCUUUAUAGAAGCUCUUGAAUUCGAUUUUUGGCGACUCUAGAUACCCAAAACUACGUCUGACUCCACAGCUCUGCUUUAAACAUGCAACUGCAACAUUAUCACAUGGUUCAUAUUGUUUACCCACAGCAAUUGUUUUCUCACAGGCAAUAAAGCCCCUUGAUAUAACCACUACCUUAGAAUCAAUGAAACUGCACUCUUGCAUGCAACAAUCGCCUCUAAAUUAACAACGAAAAAGCACAAUAGCUUUAUUAUACUUGAAUAGGAAAUGCCAGCAAGUUCAUUAUUUGAUCAUGAAUGACUCUUACUGCCAUAGAAUUACUUUUUUCAUGUCAACCUUUCCUCAGUAGAAUGUCAGCUCUUUUUCUGCUUUUACAGAAACGGACAGUGACACCCUUACGGAAGUACUUGGAACUGAUUGUCUGGACUUUACAGCCUUUUGCGUGUGAUUCAGUGAUGUUUUCCUGACACCUGGGUUUCCUUGCCGAUUACCCCCAAUUCUCUGCUUCCUAAUCCGUAUUCCUUUUCUGCCUUGGAACGGCCAUGUGGCACUGAUAAUUUUGAGGUUACAACUAAACAUGCCGAAUUGCUUUGUAAGGGGAUGUCCUCACAGAACAGGACAAAAAUCAAAAUACCCGGAUGUUACCCUUCAUGCCUUUCCGCAAAACUUACAUCAAAUAAAGAAAUGGCUAAUGCACACAGGACAACAUCGUAAUAACCUUGAUAUCGUAGCACAAAAAAUAAUGUUAAGCAAACCUACAAAUUUUAGAAUGUGCUCUAUCCACUUCUUGGAGGAAUUUCUUACAUUUAAAGGAUCGAAGAGGACACUGAAGCCAAAUGCAGUCCCAACAAUUUUCCCAAAUUCUCCAGUACGUCCAAUAAUAAACGUUCAAAGUACUUCAGUUCCUGCAGCAAAGAGAAUGAGAGUAGACGAUAAUGAGCCAUCAACAUCAUUCACAGUUGUACGUGUAAUUUCAAGACUUGUCACUGUUGGGACACAAACUGACAGAAUAAUUAGAACGAAUGCUAGUACAUUGACAAAUUUGGCUAUGAAAAAGGAUUUUACAACACAAACUGAAUUUCCAGUUAAAAAGGAAAUUGCUAUACAAACAGGCGAUGAUUCAAUAGAAGCAGAACGUUGGAAGGUUGAAAGAGAUCAUAUAUACCCAGUUUGUUUUGUUGAUCCCUAUAAAUGUAUAGAUCCUCUUGAAAAUAUAUCCGUUGUUUCAGAAAAUAAAAAGUCACAUUCUGCAAAAGAAUGUUUAUCUACUCUUCGUACAUCUGCAGGGGAGUCAUCACCAAGCCCGAAAAAGCCAGACACCUACUCAAAAGAUCAAAACUUCCUCAAUCCAACUACUGAAAGUCUAGGUCAGUCUACCAUACUCAAACACUGUGACUAUGUCCGACAAAGAAAAUUCAUCAUCUUUGAGGAGAACCUUGAUAGUCUAUUGUAUUUGAUUAAAUGCCAACAUCAGCAAACACCGCCAUGUCAAGCACCAAUUCUAGAUAUUCAGAAAUCCAUUAAUGGAAGCAUGGUUCAAGUAAAGCUUUUAUGCAUGGAUGGUCACAACUCGCUUGUAUGGAACUCGCAGCCACUAUCCGCUGACGUUUCUGCCGGAAAUGUCUUAUUAGCCAACGCUGUUCUUCUCUGUGGUCUUUCAUUUCAAAAAGUUGAGAAGAUGUUUCAUGUAUUGCGUAUCCCGUUCUUUUCAGAUACUACCUAUUCUAAAUACCAAGUGUCCUACCUUUUUCCAGCAAUUGAUCUGCAGUGGCGCCAAGAACAAGAGAGUAAUCAAAAGGAAUUAUCUGGAAAAUCUGUUGCUAUUGCUGGAGACUGUCAGUUUGAUACUCUUGGCCAGUCCGCCAAAUAUUGUACAUACACCAUGAUGGAUGUAAUGUCUAAAAAAAUCCUUUCCUUCACUAUUGACCAACUUCAAAGAGGAAAAAAUGCUGAGGUAGAAAAAACUGCAUUUGAGACGUGCUUAGAUAAUAUAUUAGAUGAAAAUAUAGAUGUCAAGAUCAUUGCUACAGACCGUCAUGAUGGCAUUGGAAAACUCAUGGCAACAAAAUACUCUGGUGUUGACCACCAGCUUGAUGUGUGGAAACUAUGUAAAAGUGUAGCAAAAAAACUAGUUGCAGCAAGUAGGAAAAGGCACUGUCAUGACAUCUGCAAGUGGAUCUCUGCAAUAGCAAAUCAUCUGUGGUGGUGUGCGCAGACCUGUAAUCAAGAUGUUGACGUUUUGCUCGAUAAAUGGAAAUCCGUUAUGUUCCAUGUAGCAAAUAAACACCGUUUUCAUUCCUUGGAAAAUUACACACAUUGUCAGCACAAGAGGCUCACUGCUGUGAAAGAGCGCAAGUGUGCUUGGAUUACGUCCCAACAUCCUGCACAUACGCCCCUGUCUAGAAUUAUUAACGACAGAGCCUUGAUCCGAGACAUUUCAAAAAUAGAAAAAUUUUGCCACACCAGAGACCUACAGAGCUUUCACAGCAAAGCCCUAAAAUACAAAUCUAAAAGAUCAUCAUUCAACAUGGACUCAAUGUACACAGAUACAAUUCUGGCUGCUCUGUCACAUAACAGAAAUGUUAGUAGAGAGGAAGCAAAAAUAAAUUCUGCACAAAACUCGCCUUUUGGAGAAGAACACUAUAAAGUAGCUUUCUCCAAGCAGAAACACAGGGAUGAUAAAUAUGAAGAUGUUGUCGACGAUUAUUUGUUUGAUAUAAUGUCAAACUCACUGAAAAUUCUGAACGGAGAGCUGGUUCAUCUGUGGUCCUCAAGGUCAAGAAUACUCCGCUAGGUCAAAAAUAUUCUCGUGUAAUUUUGUUUCCAUUCAGCUUUGAAAAACAAUAUAACUUUUUUUUCCAAGAUGGCAGGAACUGUUUCAUUUGACUAAUGUGACAAUAAUACAUAAUCUCAAAUUUCCUGGAUUUUUUUUAAAUCUUUACAUUUUGGAUAUGCCAUGGUUUAUGGUUAAAGCAAAUUCGUUCUUAAAUUGUCCACAUUAAAGCACAGAUACGAAUUUGUUCAAAUCCUAUUUCGCCAAUUAUUUUUGUUUCCAUGAUCAAUUCAGCAAUUGUCGGCUGACAUUUUUAAGUCAUUCCACAUCAGUACAACAUUUAAAUAAUAAUAAGCAUAAUAUUCUGAUGCCUAGGAUCAUAGCAGGCAGGAUAGGAUCAUCUAUAUGGAAAAAUAUUAUAAAUAUAAUUAUAUACCCAUUUCUACUUCACAGAAUUAAUUACUAAUUGUAACAUUUCCAGGUCUGUAUCUCAAGUACUGUAGAUAGUGGUAGAUUUAAAGGAGAACUAAACCCCCCGAAUUAGAAAGCCCCAUCUACUAACCUAGUUAGUUCCCCAUCCCUGCUUUCUUAUGUAAAGGAGCAGUCCGGUAUUCGUACAAACGGUGCAUGCGCUGAAAACUUAUGUGAAUUGUAGAAGACCGAAGACCUGGAAGAUGGUGCCCGUGAGCUUCACUUCACUACUCUGCAUAAAUAAGUGAGCAUGCUGCCAGGGACACUUUCUGGAAUAAUGCACUAUUGUGGGUAGAAAGCAGGGAGGGGUAACUAUCUAAGGUAGUAGAUGGGGCUUUUCUAAUUGUGAGGGUUAGUUCUCCUUUAAUUAUAAUCUAAUCUCAUCGAUUGUUAUAAAAUAAGUGUUAUAUGAUUAAAAUGUGUUUUUAUUCAUUAUAGAUAUAUCAUUGUUGUAGACUGUCCACCUCCUAGCAAAUAUUUGUUAAUACUCUAAACUAGAUAUUAAAUAAAACAU